CGAGAUUUUCUCAAGCAUAUGCGUGGCGUGUGUGAUCAAGCGGGGCUAUCGGAUUAGCUCACUUCACAGCGAUCCCUCUAUUUCCUAUGAGUAUCUUACCAGGUAACAAUAACGAUGACGACAAAGACGUCGACCAUGUCAGGGACAUGAAGAAAAGUUUGGACGACGUCACCCACACCAUCCUAAACACCAUCAAGGGUGCAUCUCUUGUCACGAACGAAAUCCUCGACAAGUCAGCAGAUGCGUGGGAUUUGACCAAGUCGCACGUGAAUGACUUGAAGGCAUUGGUCACCGACGAGGAGUUGUUCCCGGAGGACUUCGGUAACCUUCCAGGUGCUGUGAGUAACUCCCUUGGCUUCCUCUUUGACAGCGAUGACGACAAUCUUUCCAAAUUUAAUAAGGUGCUCACCGACUGGCCAAACUUUCUGCCGUUCAAAAGAAACACCCAAAUCAUCUCCGAUGUGGGUUUAUUCUCGUACCCAACGCCGUCCAGCGAGCUCUACGAGUUGUGCAAGGAAAAGAACGGGAUGGCCGGGUGGGACCACAACGGGUACUGGAGAUGCCUUUUCCCCAAGGCCAUUAUCCCACCGCAAUUCCUCCUUCAGAAAGACCUUCUAACCAAAGAGUACGCUCAGUCAUGCUCUAGCACCUCCCAUAACGGUGACAUCGUGUACGAAACCCCAAACAACGGGAAGUUCUUCACCGGAUUCAGCGCCUACAUGGACUGGAGCUCCGCCAUGCGCAAGGCGCAGAGUGCAGAAAGAUUGGAGAAGUUGAAGGAGAAGAAGAAGGAAUGGGUCAGCUUGUUGAAUGAAAAGACAAGCGAAGCUCCAGCCUUGGAACCUGCCAAGGAAGUUACCUCCACUUGCACCACCACCUCCUUCUACACGACUAAGGACGGCACGGAGAAAAACUACACCAAGAUUCGGCAAUCGUUCUCUGACGGCACCUCCCAGAUCAAGAGGGUUUCUAAGACCAAGCACGCUGGUGAUGACCAUUUUGAAACCCAGGAGAGCAUUACUGAAUAUCCUAAGACGUCUGGGUGGUUCUAGCAUUGUCCUUAUUUUGAGCCUAUCUCUUGGCUAUAUGGAUAUAUGGCUUGUGGUUUUAUCUAUGUACCGUUCACCCUUUUAUUGAAAAUAAAUUUUUAACAGAUU